CUCCCUGGUCGAUCAUUGGCACUAGCAGUCUGGUUGCUGAUCCUCAGAGGAGUCACAACGCCCGAGGGUACAAUGUGAAACGCAGCCAGAUUAACCCGCCCGUACUUGGAAGCUACGACAGAGAUCAAGGAUUGUUGCAAUGAUUUGCCAAACUGAGAGCUUGGCGGUAUACGGGUGGUGCAUAUGUGUGGUGUGGCUACAGUGUCUCCAAUUCACACGAGGUCAGAGCGUCCGCUAAACCAUGAUGGGAUCGACAAGGCGCCACAUCCCGGCCCGAUAUAGCCGUUGGAACCUCUGGAACCGCCACACAAGGAAGGACAGAUAUCUAUUUUGAUGAUGUCAGAGAGGGAUGUAACCAUUGACAUUCCGUCUAAAAGCCCUACACGGUCAACUCAUUAUUUACAUUCCCUACCAUCAUAUCGGCCGUGAAACCUGGCAGCUCUCAAACAGUAUCAAACAUGUCCACUCAACCCAUCGUCUCACCCACCGGUAUCACUCAAAGCGGUUCCCAUACGACGAGCACGACGAGCCACAAUGCCCCUGGUCUCGAUAGAGAUCAUCCAUCCCUCCCCCCCGUCGCUGGAUCCGAAGCGGAUUCAUCAGCUGCUACAGCUGGCGUUCAAGGGGUCGCUCCGCCUUCUCAAGUAGCCGAUACGGUGUAUCCGAACGUACCAGAGACGUCGGAACCUCAGCAGGGCGCCACCGGACCAGGUCAAGGAUCCGUUGUGAAUCACGAGCACCAUGGAGAUAAACCCAGUUUCAAAGAUCAAGUCAACGGGUUCGCCAAGAAGAUUGCUGGGAAAGUGUUCCAUAACGAAGAGGAAGUACAGCAAGGACGUGAAUUACAUGGAGAACCACCUUCCGGUCAGGAGAGCGUCAAGCCACAUACAGGUCUCGCUGCGAAUACUCAGGUCUAGGUCUGAGAACGAGAUCCUCCCGAGGCAUAUAUGUAUGAGUCUUUGAUUCACCAUAGGAUCAAAUGACCUUGUACAUCAUACAGUGAAUGGGACUAAGUCCUCCAUCGUAUACUCCGUGGAUCCGUGCCACGAUCAGUUCCUUGGCGUACCGAAGCCUCGAACACAGAUGCACAUCUAUAGACAUCA